UCCUUCCCUCGCAUCGCAGCCGCAGUAUCGAUUGUUCCUAUUAUAAAUAUAAAGGUGUAGCCUUAACCUAGUUACGACGCCAACAACCUCUCAUCCCUUCAGCCAUUUCAACUGAGGUUUCCAUUGUCAGGAAGACAUGUCUCACCGCAAGUUUGAGCACCCAAGACAUGGCUCCUUAGGGUUUCUUCCAAGGAAGAGAGCUUCUCGGCAUAGAGGAAAAGUGAAGGCGUUUCCUAGAGAUGAUUCAUCAAAGCCUUGUAGGUUGACUGCUUUCCUUGGAUACAAGGCUGGGAUGACCCAUAUAGUCAGAGAAGUCGAAAAACCUGGUUCAAAGCUACACAAGAAAGAAACAUGUGAAGCUGUGACAAUUAUAGAGGCUCCCCCCAUGGUGGUUGUUGGGGUUGUUGGCUACAUCAGAACUCCCCGAGGUUUACGUUCAUUUAAAACUGUGUGGGCUCAACACUUGAGCGAGGAGGUAAAGAGGCGAUUUUACAAGAACUGGUGCAUGUCAAAGAAAAAGGCUUUCACCAAGUACUCGAAGAAGUACGAGACUGAAGAUGGUAAGAAAGAUAUUCAGUCACAGUUGGACAGUUUGAGGAAACACAGCACUGUAAUUCGUGUUCUUGCCCAUUCACAGAUAAGAAAGAUGCAGGGACUAAAGCAAAAGAAAGCCCACUUAAUGGAAAUUCAAGUGAAUGGCGGAGAUGUCCCUAAGAAGGUUGAUUAUGCAUAUAGUUUGUUUGAGAAGCAGGUCCCUGUUGAUGCCAUUUUCCAAAAGGAUGAGAUGAUUGAUAUCAUUGGAGUAACAAAGGGUAAAGGCUAUGAAGGUGUUGUGACCCGUUGGGGUGUCACUCGCUUGCCCCGCAAGACCCAUCGUGGCCUUCGGAAAGUAGCUUGUAUUGGUGCUUGGCAUCCAGCUAGAGUGUCGUUCACAGUUGCCAGGGCAGGACAGAAUGGUUAUCAUCACCGCACAGAAAUGAACAAAAAAGUUUAUAAGAUUGGGAAAACUGGACAGGAUUCUCACUCCGCCAUGACCGAAUUUGAUAGGACUGAGAAGGAUAUAACUCCAAUUGGUGGAUUCCCUCACUAUGGUAUCGUCAAAGAGGAUUACUUGAUGAUCAAGGGCGGUUGUGCAGGUCCAAAGAAGCGUGUGGUCACAUUGAGGCAGUCACUGAUCAAGCAAACAUCUAGAGUUGCUAUGGAGGAAAUCAAACUGAAGUUCAUCGAUACAUCGUCCAAGUUCGGCCACGGACGGUUCCAGACAACACAGGAGAAGGCUAGGUUUUAUGGACGAGUCAAGUAGGUUUUAUGGAUCACUUUUUUCAUUGGGGUUCUCUUCAAUUUUUUCAGACUAAUGUGACGAAUAUUCUUAUCUUAUGUUCGUAUAUUUUAUUUUAUUAAUGAAAAUAUCCCAUAGUUUAUCAACAUUAAUUUAAUUUUGGCAUUUUGUUGGUGUCGUGAUCCUUUCUCAA